GCGCGAUAACGAGCGGCGAGGCACAGCCGCGCCACAGCGGCAUAGCCCGACGAGAUACCGAUGUCCCACGUCUGUCCCCGCUCCGGCCCGCCGCUAGCGCUCGCCGGCCGUCACCGCCGCCGCCCGCAUGGGGCCCGAGCCGUCGCGCCCAAAUGUGAGGCCCACCCCUCCCAUCCUCCGCUCCCGACCCGGAGGGCCGUAUCCGCUGCCACGCUGCUCCUCGCCGCCCUCCCCUUCCCCGCCUCGUCGGCGCAACUCGAGGCGGAGGCGACGGCGGAAGGACAAGGAGAAAGUGGAGUUCCAGAUGGGCUAGAACUGGAGCGCUAUACCGACCAGGAGCAGGGCUUCACCCUCCUCAAGCCGGCCUCCUGGCCCAAGGUGGAGAAGGCGGGCGCGACGGCUCUGUUCCAGCAGGAGGGGAAAGGGAGUAACAAUAUUGGGGUUGUCGUCAACCCUGUCCGCCUCAAUUCGCUGACGGAGUUUGGGACGCCGCAGUUUGUCGCCGACAGGCUUCUUCAGGCAGAGAAGAAGAAGGAAAGCACCAAGUCUGCCGAGGUGAUUUCAGCUGGAGAGAGAUCAGGUCAUGGUGGCCUGACAGUGUAUGAAAUUGAAUACGCACUGGAUAGCACCAGGGGAGGGAUGAAGCGGAUCUUCUCAGCUGCAUUUGUUGCUUCAAGGAAGCUCUAUCUGCUCAAUAUUGCCUAUUCAGACGCCCAGGAGAAGCCCUUGGACAGCCAGACUAGAAUUGUUCUGGAACAAGUUGUCCAUUCUUUUGAUUCUGUAUAGUUAUUUUUUUACAUAGAGAGAGGCGUACAACAUAUCCAUUAUAGGAGGCGUUGGACCUUUCAAAGGGUUCCUUUUGGACAUUCUGAAAUAGGGCUCUCUGGGACCAUUUUUCUUCGACUGUCUCCUUCAGAUGACAUCGCAGAGAGAAUAAUCGCCGGAGUACAUACUUUUGAUUCAGUCAACUGAGCCUCUGAUGGUUCCCAGUUAGCCCCACCCUGUGCAGAUACGAAUAGCAUAUUUUUUCUGGAUAGUGCAUUCAAGUUGAAUUAAUGAUAUAGUCAUCCUAUGUCCUGGAGCUGGAUUAUCAUAUUA